AUGGGUUAUGUGCACAAGGAAGUAUCGACGCUCAUCUUUGUGACCGGCUAUAAUCGCACCGAACAUACAUCAAGACAUUGCUGCAAGAUCAAGAGGGCCGUCAUGAUGGCCUUUUGCGGACGGUGGAACGGAUACGGUACCAUGGCACACUCCGGGGUGAUCACAGAUAGGGUCCAGCCUGUUCCUUGCCCAAAAAGGUAUCCUGCGGCCGCUAUAACCGACUUCCUGAUCCCGUGUGGGACGAGAAGCCGGCGGCGCUUUGAUGAGGAAGAGAAAGGACAUCUCAAAUUAGCGUGCAGGGUGAUGCCAGCCUGGCAUAGUUGGAGUCAGAACCCCUAG